AGCUAUUCGGUUAUUCAUACUCAAAAGACAUCAUAAAGACAACAGCUGUUUCGCCGGAAAUUUUUUUGUAGUCAAUGUAUAAUGUACUACAAAAAUGAGUUCGCACUUUGUUAACAUUUUGAAACAGGCUUUUAAGACAUUCGACCGCAAAAACCAAGCUACACUUGCAAACAAUUUAGCAGCUCUUAAGCAGUUAACAGACAACCUUACCAACCGCGACAUAUACGUUAAUGAGGAACUAUUUUAUGAGUCUGUCGUUCCUGGCCGAGCACCUUGUACGUUUAUGCAAAUUUAUGAAAACGACAUAGUAUCCAUGAGUGUGUUUAUAAUGAGAGGAGGAUACACAAUGCCGUUGCAUGAUCAUCCGUGUAUGUAUGGCCUCCUUAAAGUCCUUACAGGCAGACUCCGAAUACAGUCCUAUACAAGCCUAUGCGAAGAACCGAUAAAGCACAACGAACCUAUAAAGGAAGUGCAUGUCAUAAAAGAUGAACCCAGCAUAUUCACCUCUGAUAUGGGAUGCACUCUACUCACACCAAAGGAACGCAAUUACCAUGAGAUAACAGCUGUGGAUGGUGUUGCGGCAUUUUUCGACAUUUUAGCGCCUCCAUAUGACGCAAAUGUGCCUGAAUAUGGACCAAGGAAAUGUACGUUCUAUGAGGCUAUACCCCAACAGAUGGUAACUGGAAAAUUUAACGAUGACAAGCUUGAUGAUGGACAACCAAGUAAAUAUAAUAAUUUAAUGAUAUUGAAGCAUAUACCAGCACCUCCAUCGUAUUAUUGCGAAACCACGGAUGCUCACGAAGCGGUAUUGCAAUCGGUAUUAAUGCACUUGAAAGAGGUUUACAGAUCCAAUUCCUUGGAAGAAUGAAAUAAAAUUGUAGAAACUACUCAAAGGUGUAUACAAUUAAGAAAUUAAAAGCCAAAUUAUUCUGUAAGUUUAUUUAAUUUAUUUAAAGUGUUACUUUGUAUGUAAAAUAAAAAAUACUGAAACGUCACAA